ACCAAAACCCAAACUCCCAUAUCCCAUCCCCCAUCCCCUCUCUCUCUCUCUCUCUCUCUGAAGCUUACCAUGGCCAAACUCUUUUCCAUCUCCAUUCUUCUCCUCUUAUUCAUCACCAUCAUCCCCUCCUGGGCCAAGGAUGGAGAACACUACAGUUUCCUCUUGAGCCAAAAGCCGGCGACGCCGCGGGUGCGCCAGAAGUUGAGCCACCUGCGGCUAUUCUGGCACGACCUCGUAAGCGGGCCGGAUCCGACCGCCGUCAGGGUGGCCCAGGCGGCCUCGGCCGAUAAGUCGGCGACCGGGUUCGGCACGUUGGUCAUGAUCGACGACGCGCUGACCGUGAGCCCUGAACCCACUUCGAAGCUAGUGGGCCGGGCCCAGGGGUUCUACGCCCUGGCAUCUAAAGAGGAGGCGGCCCUGCUGAUGUCCAUGAACUUUGCCUUUAUCGAAGGCAAGUACAACGGCAGCACGGUGACCAUAUUGGGCAGGAAUGCGGUGUUCUCGGAGGUGAGGGAGAUGCCGGUGAUAGGGGGAAGUGGGCUUUUCCGAAUGGCCCAAGGUUAUGCCCAGGCCCGGACGCAUAGCUUCAAUCCUAAGACUGGUGAUGCUGUGGUAGAGUAUAAUGUUUUUGUGAUGCAUUACUGAUGUAGGGUUUGGUUUUCUGAUUUAGUUUGGGUUCUUUCCUGAUGCUGGUUGCACGGUGGUCCCCAUGGUGGGUUUUGGCUCGUUUGUUUGUCAGUCAAUGGAUGUCAAUGUUAGCGU